AUGGGUUUUAACCCUCCGGUGCCGCAGCAGGACAGCAACUGGGAAAUCCGGGUGGCGCUGCUGCUGAGCCUCCUCCUGCAGGUCGUCCUCAUCUUCCUCGGGCCCAUGCGCAAGCGCUCCGCCUCUCUGAUAUCCCGCUUCAUCAUCUGGUCCUGCUACCUCCUCGCCGAUUGGGUCGCCGACCUUGGCCUCGGCCUCAUACUAAACAACAUGGGCAACAUUGGCGGUGGCGGCGGGGACUCCACAUCCAGCUUCUUCGGCCUCAAGCGCGGUGGCGGCGGGAGCGGGGCGGCUAGUACUGCAGGCAACAACAACAGCAGUAACGAUGCUAGCAGCGGCUGUUGGAUAAGUCUUGCGCCGGAUCGUGUACAGGAGUAG